AUGUCUGCCGAAAAGAAGACAUCCAAAAAGUCAACGGGCGACAAAAAGGCGAAAAAGAGCAAGUCGACCGUGACCACCGCACACGAUACCUCUACAACCACCACAGCAGCACCAAUCGAGCUUGUCAAGAUCUUCCUUGAGCAGCAUGGCCAAAAAGACGCAGCCAAGAUGCUCAAGCAAUUCCACAAGUGGCAAAGGACACGAGAUGCACCAGAUGCUAUGGACAUAGACGGCGAAAGCGCAGACAGCAGCGACUCGAGUAGCGAUGCGGACACCGAGUCCAGCGACGAAUCUAGCAGUGACGAUAGCAGCGAAUCAGAGGCAGAACAGAAGACAACCAAAAAGGCUGUCACUAAGAAGGUGGUGAAGAAGGCGGCUUCGUCUUCCUCUAGCACUAGCGACUCGUCUAGUAGCGACUCUAGCAGCGAGUCCAGCAGCGAGUCUGAGGCGGAUAUCAAAAAAACCAAGCCUGCAGCAAAAAAAGUUGCGGAAAAGGCAGACUCGGCCUCGUCCAGUUCCAGCUCAGACUCGUCAAGCUCUAGCUCUGAGUCUUCUGACGAAGAAUCUUCUGACGAGCUGAGGAAGGCUACAUCAGUCUCUUCCUCUUCAGCAUCUUCCUCUAGCGACUCGAACAGCAGCGACUCGGACUCUGAACCCGCGAACAAACCCCUUCCCGAAUCCGACUCCGACUCAUCAAGCGCCAGCGACUCCUCAUCUAGUGAUUCCGACAGCAACAGCAGCGACUCGGAAGCUGAUCUAGCCAGCAAGACCAAGGCCGCUAAGAAGGCAGCCUCCGUCACGUCUUCCUCGGCCUCGAGCUCUUCAGAUUCAUCUAGCGACAGCUCAUCCGAUAGUGACUCGGAACCGGAGCCUGCCAAGAAUACCAGACCCAGCAAGAGCAAGAAGAAGACUACGACAUCCUCCUCUUCCUCUUCUGAUAACUCCAGCUCCUCAGACAGUUCUUCAGAUUCCGAAUCCGACUCGAACGAGGCGACACCUGGUGCGGUUGAGCGUAAGGGCUCGUCCACUGACUCGUCCGCAACUCUCCCUGCCAACUCACCAGUUCCCACAGCCGGCAACAAGCGCAAAUUUGAUGGCUCAACUACUGCCGACGGCCCAGCUAAGAAGCGGAACCACAUUGAAAACCGUUUCCAGCGCAUCAAGCCGGAUGUGGUCGUGGACCCAAACCUCGCAAGCAACGCCUACGUCUCUUACGACUAUGCUGACCGCGCGCACGCUAAACUCAUUGUCACCAAAGGCAAGGGUUUCACCAAGGAGAAGAACAAGGGAAAGAGGGGCUCCUACCGUGGAGGUGCUAUUGACACGUCGGGUGGCAAGGGCUUCAAAUUCGAAGACUAA